AUGGGCCCCUAUACCGCCUCCUCCUGCUGCUGCCAGGCCCCUAAUCUGCCAUGGGCCCCUAUACCGCCUCCUCAUGCUGCUGCCAGGCCCCUAAUCUGCCAUGGGCCCCUAUACCGCCUCCUCAUGCUGCUGCCAGGUCCAGAGUCUCUCAUGGGUCCCUGUACGGCCUCCCAUUGCUGCUGUCUCCAUCGCCACACUCUGCCAUGUGCCACUUUCAGGUCUCCUCACACUCCUGCUGGUUUCCAUUUUGUCAUAGGUUGCUGUAUGGCCUCCCAUUGCUGCUGCCUCCACCGCCACACUGUGGCUCCAAACACUGGUUUUGGCCCCGUGACUGGCCAAAUGAGUGAAGUGUGCGGUGAUUCUAAGAUCGACGGCACUCAUCUGCAUGUCAUACUGACUGACAGUAUUAUUUCUCUUCCCCAGCAGACUCCAAGGGCAUUUAAAUUAAAGGUACAGUGUUCUGCACUAAUAUUA